AUGGCAGACUCAACAAUCGCACAACUGCAAGCAACCGCCCUAACAGCGCGUUGCCACAACCCCUUCUUCCGCCAAAAACAACUCAAAUCGCUCCACGACGUACUGCGUCAGGACGGCAACACGAUCAAAGAUGCCAUCAAGUCAGAUACCCUCGUGUCAGAGCAGGAAGCAGCAACCGAAGUCGCGCUUUCCUUGGAGCUCGUGAAGGAGCACUACAGCUCGAUAAACCCAGCGAAAGAACUUGAAGAAGAGUACCGAGUUGCGAAUGGCAAAAACGCGGGCGAUCAGACCGAACCGUGGGGUGUGGUGUACAUCGAACCGCAGCAGAAUCACACGCCCUUCUUCUCGGCGAUUGCGGCGCUGAGCGCGGCGUUGGCUGCCGGGAAUUGUGUUGCGCUGAAGCUCGACAACAACCUCCGUGCCCUUCCUUCGCUUCUGCGCUCCCACCUCUCUCAAGCCCUUGAAUUGGACACUUUCGCCGUCAUCACUUCUGCGCCUUUACAGGAGGCGCUGGCAACGUGUCUGCAAGUCCUCCAGGAGACACGAGUUCAGCAACCGACCUACACACAACUUGUUUCCCCCCACAACAAAGUCAUCGCCAUCGUAGAUCGCACAGCUGAUCUCGUUUCUGCCGCUGAACACCUGGUCACAGCGCGUUUUGCGUUCGGUGGCAGUUCGCCAUAUGCGCCUGAUCUUGUAUUCGUCAACGAGUACGUGAAGAAAGAGUUUCUGGAGCAUGUUAUUAAGUUUGCAAUCCCAUACCUUGCUUCCUCGGAUGAGGUGGUAUCAAAUGGCUCGCCCAAGUCGCCAACACUGGGUGGACAGGAAAAGGGCUUGAGAACAUCAGAAGCCUUGAAGUCCCUGGAGAGCAGCAAGUCAUGGCGGUCGAACGUGGUAACACAAGGCUCCAACGGUGCCAUCGUCGACCUCUCCAACCUCUCUAUUUUGCCAGCGAAAGCUAGCCAGCCAAUCUUCGCCGUGUCGGCGAUCACUUCACUCGAACAUGCUAUCAGCCUGAUUGACGAAGAUCCCGAGUCAGCGUCUGGUCUGCUGGCAGGAUACUACUUCGGCACACCCUCAGCUGGAAAGUAUCUCAGCCAGUUCAUCAAAGCCGAUGUAUCAUUGGUAAACCACAUCCCCUACCGCCUGCUUCUGGGUCCAGCAGCACCAGCGUUUCACACCAUUGACAUCUAUGCGCGAUACACAAAAACACAGUUCACACGCGCAUCACCCGCGUUCAUCACACCUACGAACUCGCACGCUGCGCGUGCCAAGGUGCUUAGUGGCAAGGAAUCGAGGAAAGUAGCGGCUGAGGCGCUCACCAAGGCCACACAAGAGAUCAAGGAGAAAAAGCGGGCGGAAUGGAUCGCGAUCGGGUACUUCGAGCAAGGAAUCUUGAUUGGUCUGGGCCUGUAUGGUGUGCCUCUGUUGGCGUGCAUCGGUACGGGGUUGUUCUUCGGCGUGCGGGCUGGAUUAAGGCGUUUCUCUUUCAUAUAGCUUUUCCUGAAUCUUCUGUUAGCAUUUCAUGCUUUCUCUCAUUCGUACUGUACAGCGUUUGAUGCAGCGAUUCUAAGUGAUCAAAGAUGAUGGGAUAUGCGUGCAAUGUGAGUGAUGAUAUUAGACAUUGUUGUGUCCAACUGCUGGCUACGCAAGACCGUGUAUAUGACCAUAUAUGCGUCUAAUGCUGUCCAGAAUGGGUAGCCAUUGCUACCCUCUGCUAUGCUGUCAUGAUCUCAUCCGUCAAUCUAAGUAAUUGUAAUAUAUACCGCUAAAUGAUGAGAAGUGUGAGGCGCUAAAUGGCGUGUAAAU